GGAGGAGGUGCCGAGGGUGCCCUGCUUGGAGGGUGGCCCGUCAGGGAGCUGGACUCCCCCGGGUCCCCGCCGGCUAAGCGCGGCUGCUCGGAGGCCUGGCUUCUACAGCCGCCGAAGCCUUGGUUCACCCUCCUGCAGACAUGGGACGCAGAAAAUCAAAACGAAAGCCGCCCCCAAAGAAGAAGAUGACAGGCACCCUAGAGACCCAGUUUACCUGCCCCUUCUGCAACCAUGAGAAAUCUUGUGACGUGAAAAUGGACCGUGCCCGUAAUACCGGAGUCAUCUCUUGUACUGUGUGCCUAGAGGAAUUCCAGACACCCAUCACGUAUCUGUCAGAACCAGUGGAUGUGUAUAGCGAUUGGAUAGAUGCCUGUGAGGCAGCCAAUCAGUAGCAAAGCGGAGGACCCACCCCCUUGGCAGCCCCGCUGCCAUGGACCUGCCCACUGGGUACCAAUCCAGAGACAUUCCUGAGGUCCAGGGUGUGGGUCCAGGGCCCUCAGAGCCCCCUGUGUGUAUGUGUGGAGUGGAUGUGGUUGUGAAUGUGUGGCUGCAAGUGUGGCCACAGGGGUGUGCUCAUGGGUGGGGUGGAAGGAGUUGAGGGGUUGCUGGUCUCCACGUGCCCGAACUGCAUCCCUUGGCUCCAAAAGCCUUUGACUUGCUCCCUCUUUCAACCCCUGAGCCCCCUGGCUCUGGGGCCCUAGCUUUUCUAGGAGCCAGUGUCCUGGCAUCCUGGAUGAGGGCAAGCCCUGCAGAGACAGCCUUAGGACCCUCCAGCCUCCUCACCCACUCCCCAGCACCUUGCCCAUUUGAACUGAACUGCCUGCUCUCUGCCUUUUAAGGACUAUGGCCUGGGAUUCAAAACCACAAGCCCCUCAGCUGGGCCCUGGCAGGGUGGACCCAGUUCAUUUUUAAUUGCUUUUAUAGAGGAAGGACGGCUGGGUCAGGGACAACUGUUGGUCACAGCCCUUAAAUAAAGCAGCUGAUGCAAGCUCCUGGCUCUCUGA